UGAUGAUCAUCUCAGAGUAGUAAACUUUUCAAGAACUAUUUGUUGUUAUUCAUUAUUAUUUAUUGUUAAAGAACUGGGUCAAUUCCAUAUCAUAUUAAUUCAUAUCAUAUAAUUCAUACAGUAGCAUAAUGGUUCAGCAAAGACCUCUUGAUCUCAGUCAACCAUUAGACCAAAAUGCCAGUCCUAAAUUGGAAAAGGUUCCUUUAACUCCAGAAUUAAUUGAAUCAGCAUUAGUAUUACAUGGAGAUUAUUAUGGUCAAUCUCAAAGUCGAUUAAAUAGAUUUUUAUUUUGGCAUCCAGUUUCAUUAACUAUUUAUAGCAUUGUUUUCCCUAUUGCCUUAGCUUAUGGAUUAUGGGAUUAUAUCACUAUUUCCGAUUCUAUUGGAGAAUUCUUUUAUUAUUUUGCAAGAUCAACUGAUCCAUUUUUUGAAAUUUUAGGUGUAUUACCUGCUAUAGUUAUAACUUUAGGAAUUAUAGGUUUAAUUUCAUAUUUAAUUAGUGAUGAUAUAAAGACUGUUUCUGAUGAAUUACCAAAACAAGAAUAUGCUAAACAAAUCUUUGGGUUUGAUAUUAAAUUAUUUUCAUGGUUAGAUCCUACUGUUAAUAAAGAAAAAUCUGAUAUUGAAUUAUUAGCUCUUGGUAACAAUACUCAAUUCAUUAUUUAUCGUGAAUCUCCAAUUGCUGUUUGUACAAUUAAUCCAGAUUAUGAAAAUUCAACUGAAAAGGAAUUUAUUGUUAGACUUACUGGUUUACAUAUUAGAAAAGUAUUCCAAAAAGUUGAUUUCGAUGAUUUAUUAUUGGAUUGGGCUAUUAUAAGAUCUCGUGAAUUAUUUAAACCAUUUUCAAAGAAAUUAAAGAUUAAGAACAUUGAGGAAUCUAAAAUCACAAUUACUACUAAGGCUUAUACUUUCAAUAAGCAACAAAUUGAUAUUUUAUUAAAGAAAGAUUUUGUUGAAGUUGACAGUACUAUAGAUUUGAAUCCAUUUGUUAAACUGAAAUAUAGUUCCAUCCAAAAGGCUGUCUAUAAAUAUUUAAACAUUGGUAUUAAAACUUUUGCAUUUUCAUUUAUUCCAAAGAGUGAGGAUGAAGAUUUAUUAAUUAAAUUAGGUCAAGAUGCUGUUCUUAACGAUGCUGAAGUUGUUGGUAAAGAAUCCAAUAAGAAGAGUUUGAGAAAGAGACAUUAAACUAUCAAGUUAGUAAUAAUAAGAAUAAGAAUAAUAAUAAUAAUAAGAAAUAUUAAUAUUAAUAAUAAUAUAAUACAUUAAUUAACUACUUAUAAUGAAGUGAAAU